AUCUGUGAUGAUUGUUGUUAUGCGAGCUUCAAGUUUCUGAGAUCAGAUAAUUUGUCGCGAAACGAAUCAAUUGUUGAUACCGUUGUCAGAGAGAGCAACUGAAAGGCGCUGACAGCAAAUCGCAAAGUCCAUGAGUCCAGCGAGAUUACAGCGUUCUUUAGAUAAGCAUCGAUCAAUAUAAAAGCAGGUAUACGUGAUUUGUGCCAGGUUUUGUCCUUUACCAUCUUUACUUUUCGAACGUGUCAGCUGGAAAAAUGGCAACUGACCGGAUUAAGACCAUCCAGCGCCACUUGCUCGCUCCAAAUCUGUCCUUGAGACACACUGCUGCAUUCGGUGGUCCAGGUCAGUUCCGCUACACCCUCGACAACCCGCUUCUCACUCCGCAACAGAGGGAGUUUUACGAGAUCAAUGGAUACAUUGUCAUUCCAAAUGUUGUCAAGCCUCAGCUCAUGGAAGCUUGCUCGCGGAGAUUUAUUGACCUGUGCGAAGGGAAAUUUGACAAGGGUUCGAUGACUAUGAUGAAAGACGUGUCUCUUAUGGAAAGAGGCGCCACUGGGGAGAACCUUUACAAUAAGGUGCAGGACAUUGCCUUUGAUGACGUUUUCUCUCAGUACAUCCUGCACCCAAGACUGCUCGAUUAUGUCGAGUGCUUCACUGGUCCCAACGUUAUGGCCAUGCACACCAUGUUGAUUAACAAACCCCCCGAUUCCGGUGCCAUGACCUCCCGUCACCCCCUGCACCAGGACUUGCAUUACUUCCCCUUCAGACCGGCCGACAGAAUCGUGGCCGCCUGGACGGCCAUGGAACCCGUCACCCCUGACAAUGGGUGCUUGGUUGUAUUGCCUGGCUCGCAUCGCAAGGGCGUUCUCUACCAGCAUGAGUACCCUGAGUGGGAGGGUGGAGUCAAUAAAUUCUAUCACGGAAUUCGUGGAUUCGAAGACGAACCAUUGCUCUUGCUUCCCAUGAACCCUGGCGACACUGUCUUCUUCCACCCCUUGAUCAUUCAUGGUUCUGGAGCAAACGUGACAAAGGGAUUCCGCAAAGCUAUUUCUUGUCAUUAUGCAGCCUCCGAAUGUGAAUAUAUUGAUGUCAAGGGCACGUCCCAGGAAAAUAUCGCAAUUGAGAUUGAGGGUUUGCUUAAAAAGAGAGGACUCGAGGCUGAUUACAAUUCUCUUUGGCAUUACCGUAGCCGUCUUGCAAGAGGCGUUUCUGUCAACUUAUAAAAAUCCAGCUGGUUUUUUCUUUGAGGAGAAAUACCUUUUCUCGCUACUACUACACAUGUUACCUAAUUAAUUGUUAAAUUUUCUUGGCUGUGGAUAUAAUUUCCAAUAAAAUGUUCACUUAUCAUUUGCAUAA